AUGGGCUUAAGUGGAUCCGGAAAGACAACACUAUUAACUGUAUUGACGGGAAGAUAUCUGAAGGGAAUGGAUGUAAGGGGAGGUGUCUUUUUAAACGGCAAUCCUGCCGACGGUAAUACUAUAGUAAAUGAGUCGGGGUACGUACAACAAAACGAUUUGUUUGAGCCGGUGCUCACCGUUCGGGAACACCUCAUUUUUCAUUCACUAUUACGAAUGGAUCAGGGUUUGACAAAAGUUGAAAGGGAACGUCGGGUGGACAGUAUUAUCGAGAAAAUAAGGGCAUAUCUGGAGGUCAAGCCAAACGACUGUCUUUUGCAUCCGAACGAUGAGCCCACGUCUGGUUUGGACUCAUUUAUGGCCAAAGGUAUGAUCGAGAAGUUGAAGUCAAUGGCAUCGGAGGGACGGACUGUCAUCUGUACUAUACAUCAACCCUCGUCCCAAGUGUUUGCACUUUUUGAGCACUUAUUGCUUUUAGUUAAAGGAAGGGUUGCUUUUAUGGGAGAGACAGGGGAAAGAAUACGGGCCACUACAGGGCCGGGUCCCGAUACAAACGCUACAGCCUUCACGGCGAUCACGCCCUACCAACUAGAGAGGACAUUCUGUGGGGCGCGCCCACUAUUCCUGAGGGAACACCACAAUCGCAUGUAUAGAGUGGUCGUGUAUUUCAUAGCCCAGAACAUAGUAGAUUUGCCAAUAUAUUUACUGCAGACCAUACUAUUUGUGUUCAUUUACUACUUUAUGGUGGGUCUCAACGCCGACUUCACCCGUUUCUUGACUGCUAUGGCAAUCGUCAUACUCAUCAGCCAGUGUGCCAUAUCGUACAGUAUUACCACAUCAGCUUGGGUCAAGUACUUUUACAACCUGUCCUGGUUUUACUACGGCUUCGAGGCGUUAGUGAUUAACCAGUGGAAUGGUAUCAAGUUUGACGACUGUCCCAAUAAAUGCAAUUCGGCCUCUGAUUGCAUAUCGACCGGUCAGGAAGUUAUCGAGAAAGUUUUUGAUUUCCGCGAAGAUCAUCUGGGUCGCAACAUUCGGGUCUUGGCCACAUUCGUAAUUGGUUUCAGAUUGUUGGCAUUCUUAGUCUUGUAUUGCCGAUCACAACGACAACCAUUGCGAUGGUCCCCAGCGAGAUGCUGCUGUCGGCGAUAG